AUGUCCAUCAUCAACACCUUGGGAUUCAUGUACUACUGGGACGUCACCAUCAGCGGCGUUUCCACGAUUUAUGUGCUGAUUUGCGUCGGCCUGGCUGUGGAUUAUGCGGCGCACAUUGCCCACAUGUUCCGGGAGCACGGAAGUUUGAGGUGUUUGCUUCAGGGCUUAUCCCUAAACCCUAAACCCUAA